GCCAAUCGGGUUUCGAGAAGCACUGCCUGGGCUCAACAGCUUGUUAUUUCGUUUAUUGCUUUGGCAAUCCUGCUGAGUGGUGAACAGUCAGAUCAGAGUAUUUUUCUUUCAGAGCGAUCGGAGACCCUCGAGCUGGACUCCCUCAAAUAGCCCUUUACGAUGAAGGCAGCGGAUGAGCCUGCCUAUCUAACAGUGGGGACUGAUGUUAGCGCCAAGUACCGCGGUGCCUUCUGUGAGGCAAAAAUUAAAACCGUCAAGAGACUUGUAAAGGUUAAGGUGCUCCUCAAGGGUGAUAAUACUUCACAAGUUGUUCAGGAUGAUCAGGUCAAGGGGCCUCUGAGGGUGGGAUCCACAGUGGAGGUGAAGAGUCCUGAUGGGCUGUUUCAUGAAGGCGUCAUCAGCAAACUCACAGAUGCCAGCUGGUAUACAGUAGUGUUUGACGAUGGUGACGAGAGGACACUGAGGAGAACCUCACUGUGCCUGAAAGGCGAAAGACACUUUGCAGAGAGUGAGACUUUGGACCAACUGCCAUUAACAAACCCUGAGCACUUCGGCACGCCAGUCAUAGGGAAGAAGACAAACCGAGGAAGGCGGUCUUCCCUACCUGUUGCUGAGGAUGAGAAAGAGGAAGAAUCCAGCGAAGAGGAAGAUGAUGACAAGAGGCGCCUUAAUGAUGAGCUGCUGGGGAAAAUCUCCUGCGUCCAGAGCAGCUCCGAUAAAACCGCCUCUUACAUAGCUUUGGUUAUAUCGCCUAGCUGCAGUGAUGACUUGGCUAUCAAAAAGGACCAAUGCCUAGUGCGAUCUUUUGCAGAUUCCAAAUUUUACACAGUGGCAAGAAAAGACGUCCAUGAGCUGGAUGCUAACAGCAUAUCCAAGCCAGAGUAUUCCACUAAGAGAGGGCAUGAAGAAGCACAGCUCUUCUUGAAGGCUCGAACUGUCCCUGAAAGCUGGAAGAUGGAUAUGAGUGAGAUCCUGGAGUCCUCAAGUAGCGAUGAAGAAGAUGGGGGACGAAGGGACAGUGAGGAUGAUGAAGAGAAGGAAGUAGAAGUGGAAGAGCCAGAAGAGGAGCCUGACCCUGAGGAAAGAGACCACUUCCUGCAGCAGCUCUACAAGUUCAUGGAGGACAGAGGGACUCCAAUUAAUAAGCCCCCUGUUCUUGGCUACAAGGAUCUGAACCUCUUCAAGCUUUUCAGGCUGGUGUAUCAUCAAGGAGGAUGUGACAAUAUUGAAAGUGGUGCAGUGUGGAAACAAAUCUAUAUGGACCUUGGGAUUCCUAUUCUGAACUCUGCCGCCUCUUACAAUGUGAAGACUGCCUACAGGAAGUACCUCUAUGGGUUUGAGGAGUACUGCCGAUCAGCGUGUAUAGAGUUCAGGACCAUCCAUCACAAUGAUCCCAAGCCCGCAGUCAAAGUGGAGAAAAAGGCUGAUGUGACGGAAGUAGAGAAGGAUCUGGAGGAGGAGGAGGAGGAGGUGUCCGAAGACCAGGAAGAGACGGUGGGAGAAGAGGCCUUGACUGGAGGAGAAGAGAAGCCCCUGGCAGAAGAGUCCGACUCCAGCAGCGAGAGUGAAAAAGAGGAGCAGAAGGAAAUCCGCUACCCCAGGGGGAGGAGGAGGUGCACGGUGACCCCUGUCAGAUCUGAAGGAAAAGAUGCCAUCAAACUGGAGCGAGUGAAGGAAAGUGAGCAAGCGGACGAGGUGGGAGACGGGAAGAAGGACCGGCAGGAGAGCGAGAUUCCCGGGAAGAGAGGGCCGCCGAGAGCCAAGGCAGAGCGGAGGAGCAGGAGGCUGGAGGAGUCGGACAGGGAGUCCGAGGAGGAGGAGCAAGACGAGCAGCAGCAGGAGGAGGAUGAAGAGGAAGAAGAAGAAGAAGAGGAGGAGGAGGAGGAGGAGAGAGGAAAGCCGAUAGAGAGGGGUGAGAGAGAGAACAAAGAGGAGGCUGAAGAGGAUGGGGAGGAGGAUCAUUGCCUCACUGGGACUAAAGUAAAAGUAAAAUAUGGCCGGGGGAAAACUCAGAAAAUCUAUGAAGCCAACAUUAAGAACACUGAAAUGGAUGAUGGAGAGGUUCUGUACUUAGUGCACUAUUAUGGAUGGAAUGUGAGGUAUGAUGAGUGGGUGAAAGCUGACAGAAUUAUCUGGCCGGUGGACAAAAGUGGGACAAAAAGGAAGCAGAAGAAGAGAGUCAAGAAUAAAGAUGAGGGUGAGAAGGAAGAAAAGAAAGAGGAGGAAAAACAGAGCAAGUCCAAACGGGGUCGGCCCCCCCUCAAGUCCACCCCUCCCAAUUCCUCUCGGAGUGUCUCCAAAACGCCCAGCAGUGAUGGCAGAGCCAGCUGCAAGAGCGCACGCCUCUCCGACGCGUCUGCGCUGCCCAAUGGCGUCGAAGGAACACCUAGAAGGCGGACAAGGCGGACGUCUGGAAUGACUUGUGAUUCUGAUAGAGGAUCCAACGAUUCUGGUAAUUCGUCAGAAGAAAGUGAAGCUGAGGACACUCCAGGAAAGAAAGCAGACCGGGCAGAUAUCCCCGACGCCGCACAGGGUGGUGAGGCAGAGGAUGACAAAAGCAGCGCUGAGGAGCGCGAACUGGAGCAGGAAUGUCCCAGAAGCCCCCAGGAACAAAGGCGAGAGCCGCCUAUGCUGUCCGAGGAGGAAGAGCAGGCAGAGGAGUAUGUGGUCUUGGAGCAAGAUAAACCAAUAGAGCAGCAGAAAGAGGAGGAGACGGGCAGAAAGGAGACAGAGAAAUCCCCAAAACCCAGGGGGAGGCGGAGCAGGUCCAAGGAACCCAGUUCAGAAAUGAGCAAGCCCCCCACGACCAACCACACGGAGAGCACAGACACCUGCCUUCUAACGCCCGAGAAGGCAGAGCCGGCAGAAAUCGCAGAAGCCUUGGAAGAUGCUGAGCAGGAGCUGAAGGACUCCGACACGGACUCGGCCAGUGAGGAUGUCUGCAAGGAGGACAAAAGGCCGGUGAAAAGGAAGGCUGGAGAGCAGCAGGUGGCCGACAAGAAGGUACGCUUGGAGAAGAGGGAGGAGCAGAAGACUGUCUCUCCUGAAAAGAAAAUGGAAGUCGAUGGCAUCUUCAGGGGGGGCUGUGAAGACAGUUUGCCGGAUGACAUUGUAAAUAAAAUGGAGAUGCCUUCCCUCACCCCGGAGGUUGUACCACCCGUCAAAGACGGGACUGAAGUCGGUCCCGAAAAGCCUGCAGAUGAAAGUGAGCUGAAAGAGGAGGAAGAGCUCAUGCCACAGAUUGGCCUUGAAGCCCUGAUGUGUCACGAGGUUGACCUCGAUGACCUGGACGAGAAGGAGAAGCCCCCAAGCGAAGAGACGGUAGACGACAAGUCUCGGGCUCUGAGCUUGGCGGAUGUGGCCGCCGGGUCGCAGCAGGGCUUCCCAGUGGCCUCUCCAGCUGCCGCUCCCAGCCCCGACGAGUCGCACAGCACCAAGAGCGAGAGUGACACAACGAUCGAGGUGGACAGUGUCGCGGGAGAGUCUCAGGAAGGCCUGUGUGAGAGUGAGUCUGCCAAUGGGUUUGAUGCCAGCACCAGCUCCAGCAACUGCAGUUUAUCCCUCCAGGAAAGGGACAGCAAAGACAGGGGUCAGAAGAGGUCAAUGGAUUGUAAUAACAGCUUGUCCGCUAAGAAGCAGAAGCGUAACCAGAAACGCACCAGUGUAGCAUCUAAAAAUGAGAAGAAUGGAGCAGGGCACAGCAGCGACAGUGAAGACCUUCCUGCCAUUGAGAACCCCAGCAAGUGCACUCCGGUGAAGCACUCCGGCGUGUCCAAGGCCAACAAGCUGGCCCGGUCUCCAGCCAGGGUGACGUCUCCGAGCAGCAAAGACGCGGACAAGGAGAAACACAGGGAGAAGCAUGCUUUUCCUUCCCCGAGAACAUACAAGUGGACCUUCCAGCUCAUUGGUACAGCGGAACUGGACAGUAUGACAAGUACAGAAAGGAUCACCUUCCUGCAAGACAAACUGCAGGAAAUAAGGAAGUACUAUAUGUCACUCAAGUCAGAGGUGGCUUCCAUUGACAGGAGACGAAAAAGAUUAAAAAAGAAAGAAAGAGAAGUUUCUCACACGACGGCGUCCACAUCGUCCGGUUCCUCCGAUACAGGAAUGAGCCCGUCCUCGGCCUCUCCCACCCAGAACACAGUUGCAGUGGAGUGCAGGUGAUGAAACGCUCCCCUCUGCCUUCCCAGCAAUCAGCUGCCUCCAUGGACACAAGUACUGAGACUCUGACACAAGCAAGCAUUGAAAGCACUCAACUGGAUUGACCAUGCCAGUCCAAUCUCUGUGCACUUUCCCGGCCCUUGUUUGCUUCCAAUUUCCAAUUACACUUCAGGAAUGGGAAGAGGAGUUGAAUGUAAACUGGAGAUUGGUGAAGCCUUACUCAUGGCAAAUUAUUCUUCAUUUUUUUUACAGUAUAAAGCACUUUUUUCAGCAAAAACCUUUUUUCCUGGUUCCAGUCAGAGGCCAGCAUAGACGCUGUGAAUCAGUUAUGUGUUCCUUUAGUAUCAGUGCUACGCCAAUACCAGGCAACCCGUGUGGUGUUUAAUUUGAGGAAUGGUCACUACUGACCAGCUCACUGUCAGGCCGGUUGGUUAGGUCGAAGGUCAUUAAAAGAUGCGCUUGCUAAGCAGAACUGCCAAAGUACACGUGUUCAGCCGAGUGCCCUAUUUUGAAAAGUGGGACAAAAUAAAGUGCGAAAGAGAAUAUAGUUUACUGAAAACUACAAUUAUGUCUUCCACUUUUCUAGUAUUUUAGCACAGAAAAUUAUGCAAACUUUUUCAAACUAAAUGUUUACAGUGGAAUUGGAAAAUGUUUUCAGUAGACUAAUUCCCUUGGCAGUUUUAUUUUGUCUUUUUAUAUGUAAUUGCAGAGUUUAUUUUGUUAUGGAAAAUUUCAAAUAAGUAUAUAUCACAGCAGUGAAGUUAUUUAAUGAAAGAUUUCUAGACAUGACAUUUUGUGUAAAAUAAAGGUAUUAUGUUGUGACUUGUUAAAUAUAUUUAUUCAGACAGUGGACAUAACAUUUUUUAAUGUAUUUUUUAAAAAAAUAAAUAAAAUAAUUGGAUCCUCCCAAGCUCAAUUUUUACUUUAUGGAAAAAUUUUUUAAUUUGGAAUUCACCAUACCAUAAGCUUACGUGUAAAAUCAUUUUUUAACCUGUGUAUUUGCUUUACACCUUUGAGACACGAUCUCUGCGCAGAGUAUAUUUAUAUAUUUUAAAGGAGCACACCAUGUCUGGGGUGGCCUAAGUUUUUUUUCGUUUGUUUGUUUCAACUUUUAUACCGAUUGCCUGGUACUAUUUUUUUUCUUUUUAAUUUAUGCCUUUUUUUAAUUUUGUCCAUUGGAAUAACAGGAAGUAUUGCUACAGGAACAUACACGACUGUCCAACCUAGGAAUUAACCUGUAGGUGUAAUCUUCAUUGCAUAUUUUGUACAUAGAUCUUCCAAAAACAUGUAUUUGAAAAAUACAUUUUACACAAACUGUAAAAAAUGAAUUAUUUUAUGAUUUUUUUAUUCAUCUUUGUAUAUUUAAAACAGCUUUGUGGCCCUUUGUAUCUAAAUGUUAAUAUUCUGUAGAGACCUAGUGCAGAUAAUUUAGACUGUAUAUACAGAACUCUUGGCUCUACACAGCAGUGGGCCUGAACCAAACCUAGUGUUACGUAGAAAUACUAAAUAUAUUGUACAUUUUUAUGUUUUAUAAACUUUUUAUUUCAUCAACAUUGUGAAGACUUACUUCUUUCAAAGAUAGUCUUUUUAAAUUUCUGGGUGGUGAAGGAAAAAAAAGAAGUCAGAUUUCCUAAGAAAAGCCAUUGUAUCUUUAUGUAAAAUAAGAACUACAUUCAGUUUUAAUAAAGAUUUCAUGUAUGAUUUUA